CCGCUGCCCGAGGAGCCCUCGGCCGCCUCUGUGGCCAGCAGCCGCCUGCAGCUCAGCACCUCGCUCGCCUUCUCCGACCUCACCGAGGAGCUGCUGGACGCCGGCACCGACGGGCUGCUCCGCGAGCUGGAGGACUUGCGCUCCGAGAACGACUAUCUCAAGGAUGAGAUCGAGGAGCUGCGCGCCGAGAUGCUGGAGAUGCGGGAUGUCUACAUGGAGGAGGAUGUGUACCAGCUGCAGGAGCUGAGGCAGCAGCUGGACCAGGCCAGCAAGACGUGCCGCAUCCUGCAGUACCGGCUGCGCAAGGCCGAGCGCCGCAGCCUGCGCGUGGCACAGACCGGCCAGGUGGACGGCGAGCUCAUCCACAGCCUCGAGCAGGAUGUCAAGGUGGCCAAGGACGUCUCUGUGCGCCUCCACAAUGAGCUGGAGGUGGUGGAGAAGAAGAGGAUCAGGCUGGAGGAGGAGAACGAGGAGCUGCGCCAGCGGCUCAUCGAGACCGAGCUGGCCAAGCAGGUGGUGCAGAACGAGAUGGACAAGCUCAGAGAGAAUUCCCUGAAGAAGCGAGGGUCUCGCUCCUUGGGCAAGACUGAGAAGAAGCCAUCAGUGCAGGAGGACAGCGCAGAUCUGAAGUGCCAGCUGCAUUUUGCCAAGGAGGAGUCAGCCCUGAUGUGCAAGAAGCUGACCAAGCUGGCCAAGGAGAACGACGGCAUGAAGGAGGAGCUGCUGAAGUACAGAUCCCUGUACGGGGACCUCGACAGCUCCCUCUCCGUGGAGGAGCUGGCUGACUCUCCCCACUCCCGGGAGGCCGAGCUGAAGGUCCACCUCAAGCUGGUGGAGGAGGAAGCCAACAUCCUCAGCCGGAGGAUAGUGGAGCUGGAGGUGGAAAACCGCGGGCUGCGGGCGGAGAUGGACGACAUGAAGGGCCAGGGAGACAGGGAGCUGCCGGGGCAGGACGCGCGGUUCCUGGUGGGCGUCUCCAGCUGCGGGGACACGGGGGACACGGUGGCCGAGCUGCGGCGGCACCUGCAGUUCGUGGAGGAGGAGGCCGAGCUGCUGAGGCGCUCGCUGCUGGAGCUGGAGGACCAGAACAAGCUGCUCCUGAACGAGCUGACCAAGUACAAGUCGGACCACGAGCUGGACGUGACGCUGUCGGAGGACAGCUGCUCGGUGGUCAGUGAGCCCUCGCAGGAGGAGCUGGCCACGGCCAAGGUGCAGAUCAGCGAGCUCAGUGGCAAGGUGAAGAAGCUGCAGUACGAGAACAGGGUGCUGCUCUCCAACCUGCAGCGCUGCGACCUGGCCUCCUGCCAGAGCACCCGGCCCAUGCUGGAGACCGACGCCGAGGCCGGCGACUCUGCACAGUGCAUCCCCACCUCCGGCUGGAGGGAUGGCACGGGUGGCAGCGAGGCCGACGAGCAGGACAGGGGGCUGGGCACUGGGAAGGUGCCCGAUGGCCCUGCCAAACUGCUCAAGCCCAAGGACCUGGAGACCUUGCUGGGCAUCCGGGACCAGGCGACGCUGGUCAGUAAAGCGAUCGAUGUCUUGAUUUCGGAUGCCAAUGGCUUCACCUCGGGGCUGAAGGCUUGCUUGGACAACGAGUGUGCAGGGGUGCUGCUGGGCGAGGCAGUGGGCAGCGGUGGUGACAGCCCCAGCGAUGCCAAGCUGAUGAAUGUGCUGUUGAUGAGGCUGGGCGUGCUCCAGCAGGACCUGGGCUGCUUCGUGAGGAAGGUGGACCACCUCACCGGUGGCUUCAAGGAGCACACGGACUUGUUCCCCUUCUCCAGCCCCAGCAGCCAUGAUGUCACCAAAGAGCAUGCCUCUGACUUCCAGCAGCCUGAUUUUAGGGACGCCGACCCUUUCCGCAUCCCCCACGCCAAGGACACGGACCCUGCCCAUGCCCGGAGCUACAAACCCUGCCGGGCUGAGGAGAACGACUCCUAUGCCACCGAGAUGAAGGAGCUGCAGCUGGUGCUGUCCGAGGCCAACGAGAGCCUGCGGGGGCUGCAGGAGCAGCUCUCACAGGAGAGGCAGCUGAGGAAGGACGAGGUGGACAACUUCUCACAGAAGAUCUGCCAGCUGAAGGAGGACCACCAGAAAGCACUGCUGCGACGGGAGUUUGAGCUGCAGAGCCUCAACCUGCAGAGGCGGCUGGAGCAGAAGUUCUGGAGCCAGGAAAAGAACCUGCUGGUGCAGGAGUCACAGCAGUUCAGGCAGAGCUUCCUCCUGCUCUUCAUGAAGCUCAAGUGGUUCCUCAAGCGCUGGCGCCAGGGCAAGGUGGUGCACAGUGAGGGCGAGGACUUUUUGGAGGUGAACAGCAUGAAGGAGCUGUACCUGCUGCUGGAAGAGGAGGAGCUAGCCCCGCAGCAACAGGCGGACAACAAGAUGUGUGCUGGGGACACCUGGACCCCCAACACGCCCAACGAGUGCAUCAAGACUCUGGCAGACAUGAAGGUGACCCUGAAGGAGCUGUGCACGGAGCUGCGGGAGGAGCGGCGCGGUGCCAGCGAGCUGCAGCAGCAGUUCACCAAGGCCAAGGCUGCCUGGGAGAUGGAGCGUGCUGAGCUCAAGUGCCACAUCGCCCAGCUGGAGUCAAAGGCAGGCAAAGGGAUUGCAGACCGUGCACUGCCAGACUGGAAGGUGGCACUGAAGAGGGAGCGUGAGGAGCACCAGCAUCUCCUGGCCGAGUCCUACAGCGCUGUCAUGGACCUCACCAAGCAGCUGCAGAUCAGCGAGAAGAACUGGAACCAGGAGAAGGUGGAGCUGCUGGCUCGCUUCAAGGAGGAGCAGCAGCAGGCAGAACAGCAAGCAAAGGAUCUGCAGAACAAACUCAACCAGUUGCAGAAAGGAUCCAAUCCAUGGGCAUUGAAGCAUUCUGAAAUGGAGAAGCACGGCAGCAACUGGAAAGAGGCUCUCAAUGAGAAAAUCACAGACAAGGAGACAAUCUCUGAAGCAGAAGCCAAGGGAACCAACCUCAAAAGGACCAAGUCUGUUUCCUCCAUGUCAGAGUUUGAAAGCUUGCUCGACUGUUCUCCCUACCUCUCUGGAAAGACCGUGCCAGGGCUGGGUGACCAUGCCCGGUGCAAAAAGUCAUCCUCAACCACCCAGAUGCUGCCCAACGGGAUCCGGGACAGCACCAGCCUCCCUCCCUCCAACUGUACAUAUGUGAAUAUCGAACAACCUGCCCCUGACAGCCUGGCCAAGGAGAAGCUGGGCAUCUCCUCCUGGGACUACUCACGAGCAAGUAACCUCUCCGGGCACGACCCAGCUCAGAAACAAAUCCAGAGGAGCUACACGGCACCCGACAAGACAGGGAUCCGCAUCUACUACAGCCCGCCGGUGGUGCGGCGGCUGGAGGCGCCUCUGGUGCACAACAAGGAGGGCAAGAUCAUGAUCGAGCCUGGAUUCUUGUUCACCAUGGCCAAGCCCAAGGAGCCAGAGGAGUCGGCCAGCGCCGAGGGCACCUACAGCCAGUGGCUGUGCAACUUCUCCAAGCAGCAGCAGGAGCUGCUGGACAGUGGCGCAGGGGAGAGCGCGGUGCCGCCGGUGCCGCGCUUCCCCCCCUCGCUGCACGACCUGGAGAUCUCCGGCAACAUGAGCGACGACAUGAAGGAGAUCACCAACUGCGUGCGCCAGGCCAUCCGCUCCAGCUCGCUCGAGAGGAAGGUGAAAAGCACCUCCAGCCAGACAGUGGGGCUGGCCCACGUGGGCACACAGACCAUCCAGACGGUGAGCGUGGGCCUCCAGACCGACCUGCCUCGUGGUGCCGGCAUGCAUGGCAAGAGCUGGUCCCCGCGCAGCUCCUCCCUCGUGUCCGUGCGCAGCAAGCAGAUCUCCUCCUCCCUGGAUAAGGUCCACUCCAGGAUCGAGCGGCCAUGCUGCUCUCCAAAAUACGGCUCUCCAAAGCUCCAGAGGAGGUCUUCCUCCAAGCUGGACGCCUCCAAGGACAGGAGCCUGUGGAACUUGCACCAGAGCAAGCAGAAUGGCUCUGCCUGGGCCCGCUCCACCACCACCCGCGACAGCCCCGUCCUCAGCAACAUCAACGAUGGCCUGUCCAGCCUGUUCAGCGUGGUGGAGCACGCGGGCAGCACCGAGUCCAUCUGGAAGCCGGGCUGCGCUGACAGCAGCCGGGCCAAGCCCGAAGCACCCAAGUAUGGCCUCGUGCAGGAGUUCUUCAGGAACGUCUGCGGGCGGGCGCAGAGCCCCACUGCCCCCCAGGAGAAGAAGGAGGCCACUGGGGAGGAGAGCAAGAGAGCCGAGCACCCCAGCCCCGCCACCCACCACGAAAACAUGUCCCGUGUCUUGAACAAGAAGGUCCUCAAGCAGGGCAGCUGCGAGGACCCCAAGCCCUCGUCCCCUGGCCAGGGCAGUAAGGACGCAGCCCUGCGGGACCCUGACCUCAUCUCGGCUAUAGCCAGCGAGGACACGGCGUGUGACUGCAGCUCCCAGUCCCUCACCUCCUGCUUUGCCCGGCCGUCCCGCUCCGCGGUCCGCCACUCCCCCUCCAAGUGCAAACUGCACCCCACGGAGCCCCCCAGGGCGGAGGAGAAGCCGGGGGCCUCGACCUGCAAUGUAAAACCAAGUGCAUUUUAAAAAUACCGAAAUGAGCUACUUUGGAGAGGCACCAAUUGGAUUAAGAGAUUGUGGUUUGGGAGGCUGCAGCGUGGCCCGUGGUCUGCGCCACUCAUCCCUCUGUCACCACCAGAAAAAGCCUUACCCAGGGAGGCAGGGGGCAGCAAGCACAGCCCCCACAGCACUGCAGAGCUCCUGGGGCUGGGGGACUGCGACCCAGUUCCACACAGAGCAGCCUUGGUGCCCCUGUGCAGCUCCGGGAGAGAACAGAGAUUUCUGAGGCAGCUGCCUGACCUAUUUUCCAGCUGCCUGCCAGGGGCCAGGCAGGGAUUCACCCAGAUGGAGCUGCCUGCAGGUGCCUGGGGCUCAACGCAAUGCUCUGGGACUGUGUGCCUUGUUCUGGGGGCUCUGUGCAUGGCUCCAAGGGCUCUGCAUUGGGCUCUGCAUUGCUCCAGGGUCUCCAUCCACUGCUCCGAGGGCUCUGCAUUGCUCUGGGGCUCUAUACAGUGCUUCAGGGGCUCCGUACACUGUUCCACAGGCUCUGUGCAUUGCUCCAGGAGCUCUGUACAUCACUCCAAGGGCUCUGUGCAUUGCUCUGGAGCUCUGUACGCUGCUUCCAGGGCCUCUGCACAUUGUCAUCCCGCAGUUUCUCUUAAGAACUGCUGGUGCUGCCGAGGCUGCUGCCCUCUCCUGUCCGGCCGCUCACUGCCCGCAGCAGCUGCUGCAUCACUGCCACGUUGCAGCCUCCGUCAGCAUCUCCGCGACAGCCGCUCACUGCCGGUGUCCCCGGACACACCAGCAUCAGCCAGGGCCCAGCAGGCCCACUACCCAUGGCCUUUUGCUCCUGCAGCACCCGGCCAGCCCCCGGGGGACCCUCAUCACCCAGCUGGGUGCUGCCCACCCUCACCAGCAGCCAGGGCCAGGCUGUGUCCCUGCCUGCCACGGAGGAGUUGGGUCCAGCACUGCCACGGGCAAUGUCCUGCUGUACAUAGAUAUUUUCGGGGUGGUUUUUAGCAUUUUCAUGGAUAAUUGGGGUUUUGGUUUGGUUUGGUUUUUUUAAAAGACUCUCUACUUUUUGGAAUGUGGUUUCUCAUUUUUAAAACUGCCUUUUAAUUAUUUGUAAUAUUGGUCAGUUCUGUCUUACUCUGUAAAUAGCGGUGCUGGGCAUUUCCCAGGGGGGCUGAGAUGAGGCCGGCAAGGAAUUUGUGGGGAAAAUUUGCUUAAGGUGUGGAGGUGGCUGAUUCUGCUUCAGCCCCUCCAUGAAUUCUGCCCCUGUCCGCAUGCCAGUACCCAGCCUGGGGUGAAACCUGAGGUGUUUUGGGUAAAGCCGUUUGCCCCUGUCCUGUCCUCCUGCUUCCUCUCACCAGCCCAUGCCAAGGUCGCAUGAAGGGCACCUCCUGCUCUGAUGACAGGCUCUCUGCCCACCCCAUUCUGCACCCCUGUUUCAUGCCUGCUUGUUGUGUGAUGAAUAAAGGCCCUGCAACCCCUCACCCCCACCCUUGGUGCUGCCUUCCCGUGCUGUGGUGGGGGGGCCGUGCUGCCUGUCCUGUCUGGGGCAGUGCUGCUGCAGAGGGAGGUGUGGGGUGACGUGAUCCUGUGCCUCUGUUCCUGCCAUCCUGCCUGCUGCCCAGCCACACAUGGUGUCCCAUGCUCUCCUCACCCACCUGUCUGUCCCUGACACCAUCCCCAUGUGCUGACCCCAACUGUGCCACACCAGCAGAGCUCUUUGUCAGCUCCCGUGGGUCCUCACUGCCAGCACUGUCACCAGGCUGCCCUCAGCUCUGCAUUGUCCCUGUGAUGCUGGUGUUGUCACAGCUGCCAUGUGCCAUGCCAGCCUGCCCAGCAGCUCACCCCAGCCUGCACACACACCCACAUCCCCCUUCCCCUGCUGCCCAUGGCUCCCUGCCCUUGUGCCUGCCCUUCAGUUGGACUCGAUGCUCUCAGAGAUCAUUUCCAACCUUAAUGAUUCCCUGAUCACCUGCUGGUCCCAGCCUCCCCUAAGGUUCGCUCCAUGAAACUGUCCCACCCUGACGUCCUCCACCACCCACAAAAACCCACCCUCCUUCUUUUGCUCUUUCAUCAUCCUUCAUGUCCCAUCCUCUUCAUACCUGCUCUUGUUCCAUCCCUCUUUAUUGUGCUCUUUCAUCAACUCUAACCCAACCCAGCCCUCCUUCUUAUGCUACACCCAAUUCUUCUUUCCCAUGUUCCCACCAUACCCCAUCCCUCCUGUGUAUCUUCUUUUAUGUUCCAACCCUUUUUCCACUGCUCCUCUGUUGUUCACUCAUCCCUCCUUCCUUGCAGUCUUCUACUGUGUCCCAUCCUUCCCUGCCACCCUCCUCCAUCACCCACCAGGUCCCAUCCUUCUUUUCUGUGCUCAUCCAUCAGCCACCAUGUCCUGUCCCUCCUUCCUGUCCUGUAUCCUCCUUUGUGUCCUGUCCUUUCUUGUGCUACACUGUCACUCACCACCUCCAAUCCCUCCCUGUUCUCCCCACUCCCUUCACAUCCCAUCCCUCCUUCCACACUCCUUCCAGUGUCCAUCCAGUGUGGGAUGUGUCCCAUCCCUCCCCGCCAUGCUGUGCUCUUCCAUUACCCACCACGUCCCCUCCCACCCUCCUGUGCUGCUGCGUCCUACUCUGCAUCCUAUCCCUCCUUGUUCUCUUCCAUCACCCACUACCUCCCACCCCUCCUUCCUGUGCUCCUCCACUGCCCUCCGUAUCCCACCCUCCAGUCUUCCUGCCACACUUUGAUCGCAUUCCUCUAACCUGCUCCUUCAUUCACCACAUCCUGUUCCAUACCUUCAUUCACCAGCACCUUCUUGUGUUUUCUCCUUCUUCACCUUCACCCUGUCUCAUCCAUCCUUGCCUUGCUUUGCCUCCAGCUUUUCCUUUCAUAUUCAUGUCAACAUCUCACCAUCUUUUUCAGCUCCCACCACUGUCCUCUACAACUUACCAUCAGUUUAUCCCUGCUUAUUCUCCAUUAGCUCCCACCUUCACCCCAACUUCAUCCACUCUUCUUCUCCACAUCUUUCUUCAUCCUCUUCUCUAUUCCUAUCUCCUCUCUCAACCUUUUUCACUUCCCCAUCCCAAAAUCCAGUCUCACCUCCCACUCUUUCACCAUCCUUUCAACUGCUAAUGUCACCCAAUUUUACCUUCUCCACCUCCACAUUUCCAAUCCUUGUGCUUAUCCUUUUCCCAUUUCCUCAUUUUCCUCCACUCCCUCCAGUCUUUGUCUUCUUCUGUCCCUUUAGUGUCUCUCGUUCCUCCUGUCAUCCAGGUCCAUCUCCCAGUAUUUCCUCAUCCCUCCUCCUCUUCUCCAUCUCCCCUCCAUCUUUUCCUCCACCACCUGCCAUCUAAUCUCUCUUUGUUUUCCUCUUUGAUUUUGUCCACCUUCUUCAUCCUCCACUUCCCACUGUCCUCCAUCCUUCCCCAUGCCCCACACCACCCACUAUUUGCCUGUCCUUCCUCAAUGUCCACUUCCUUCUAUCUGUCUGGUCUCUUCAUCCUCCCCAACCUUACAUUUCAUAUUCAUUGUCCCUUCCACCAUAUUCCAUCUCCUCCACCCUCCAUCUCAAAACUUCUUCCUCCACCUCAGUUCUUCUUGUGACCCUUCACUUCCGAUUGUUCCCCAUACUUUUUCCUGCAGUUUCACCUCUUCCCUGUCCCUCUCACACAUGGCCUCUGGCUAUCUCACCAUCCUCUGUCAUCUGCCUCCCACAGUGUCCCUGUUUCUCCUUAUGCUCCUCCACUUUUCCCCACCUUCCUAUCCCUCUUUAUCCUCUAAGUGUCCACAACCUCACAGAUUUCUCUCUCCACCCCUCCCUGACCUCCAGCCAUCCUUCCUUACCUCACAGCUCCCUCUCUGGCCUUACAUUCUCCUUCAUCUCUUACCUCUGUCCUGACUUCCAAUCUUCUCCCAGCCUGACUUCUCCCAUUCCUCUCUGCACUCUUUUACUCCCAGCACAUCUGACUCCAGCUACAAUUUUCUGCUUCUCUUCCCACUUCUCCUGCCUUAUAUCCCAUUCCUUACCAACCCGGGAAAGCCACUACCAGCUCAGCCACCCCUGAUACACACAGGAAGGACCCUUCCUGACAUCAGAAAACACUUCUCCCUAGGGCUAGUGCAGUUGGAAUUGGUCAUGGGGGAAAAGGGGAUGACCUCUGCCCUUGGAAGGUUUCAGUAACCAGAUAAAGGUUUCAGCCAGAUAAAGUCAGCAAUGUCCCAGUCUAACAUUAGCAAUAACUGAUGCGGAACAUGCAGCUUGACUAGAUUCCCCCAGGAUCACUUCCAGCAGUGAAGGAUUUCCAAGAGGGGUGAGAAAGGCCAGGAAUGGCUUUGAAUGCAUUGCCUGGGAUGCUGUAGGACAUGAAGAAUGAUCCCUGCCACUUGCAGCUGCUCCAUGGUGCUCAAGCAGACCCACCACACACUGCUCCAGCAGGACCAUCCCAUGCUCCACAAGGACCAUCCCACCAUGCUCAAGCAGGGCCAUCCCAUGCUGCCUGAGCCGGACCAUCCCAUGCUAAUUGAGCAGGACCAUUCCAUGCUGUUCCAGCAGGACCAUCCCAUGCUGAUUGAGCAGGACCGUCCCGCCCUGCUUGAUCAGCAGCACCCCAUACUACUCAAGCAGGACCUCUCCAGGCUGCUUGGCCAGGAUCAUCCUAUGUAGCUGGAGCAGAACCUUCCCAUGUUGCCCAUGCAGGACCACCCCAUGUCACUUGAGCAGGACCACUCCAGGCUGUUUAAGCAGGACUAUUCCAAGGCUGCUUGAGUACCGUGGACCAAACCAAAGAGGCUUCCUGAAAAAGCCGCCAGCUCCCAGGCCAGUGAGUGAUCCCUGAGAUGUCCCCUCAGACCCAAGAGCCAGGGAUCUUUCAUCAUCCUUGUUUUCUGCCCAUUGGGCUGGGCCCUGCAGGGCCAUCCCCUUCCAACAGCCUUACAGCUGCAGUAGGGCACCAGGCUGCUGGCAGUGCUGCCUAGGGGAGGACAGGUCUCCUCUCCAUUCCAAGGGAGCUCCAAACCCUGCAGGAUCUGCACGCAGGGCCUUCUCAGAGCAUCCCAUGUCACUCACGCACAAGGGCCAGCCAGCCUCACUUCCCUGAAGACUCUGCCUUGCCAUGCUGGAGGCUCCCAGCCAUCUCAUGGAGGGGAGGAUGCCCUUUCCUAGGGGAUGUCCCACUGCAGGGACACAGCACCCAGUGUCUUUAUAGGGUGGGUGUAACAUUUGUAAAGCAUUCCUGCCUAUAUGCCUUCCUGGCUGGGAAAUCUGGGGGAGGGUGGAGGGAAUUUGCUACCUGUAUUAGGAACUAGCUGAACUUACGUGUCUCCCCAAGCUGGAUUUCUUAUUCCAAAUGUUCAAACUGUUGUAUAUUGUACUGGGAUUUUUACAUUGAAUUAUUGUAGAAAACAAAAAUUUAAACCGAGUCUGUUAAAAAAUAAACAUUAAAAAUCUCUAUGAAAAAAUGAA